CUCUCUGUAUCCUCACAUAUAUACAGGGAGUCUUUGCAACAAAUUGAAGAAGAAAAAAACAUUGCUUUUAGUUUCAUUUAAGAGAGAAAAAAGAUCCAGUGAGAGCUGCCAUCAACCAUGGCCGGUCUUCAAAGAUCUGCAGUUUCUUUUAGAAGGCAAGGAUCUUCAGGGAUUGUUUGGGACGACAAGUUUCUGUCGGAGUUAAGUCAAAUGAAACCAGAACAACAAGAAGGAGAGACCAAGCAAGAAGAAGAAGGGCCGGCGCAAGAUAAGGAUAACAACAACAACAACCCUGAAAAAAUCGAUGUCGUUAAGGAUGUUAAGCCGACAAUUGGGCCCCUCAACACUACCAUCGAAAGAAGCCGAUCUAACGGCGGCGAAAGACGAGGUUACCGUACCGGCAAGGUGUCCCCCGCUAUUGACCCACCUUCUCCAAAGGUUUCAGCUUGCGGUUUCUGCAGUGCUUUCGGGAAACAACCCAAGAAAAAUGGUAGGAAAAAGCCUGGUAAGCGUAGAUCAAGAUAGGUUUUUUUUAAUCUAUUCAUUUCGUUCUCAUGUAUUUUCCGGUGACCGGAAUUGGGUAGUUCUGGGUAUAUUGAUUUAUGUAUUUCUUAGGUUGUCUUUAGAGAGAUUUAAGCUUAAAUUGAAGUCCAUCUAUAUGAACAGAGAUGAUUGUUGGGUGUUU